AUGGAGGAUGAUAGCAAAUUCAGAUUUGGUGGCUUGCGCGAUGCUGUGGACGAUUUCAUCGACGAGUUCGAGGAAGUGGAUGAGGAAAGGAGCCACGCAACGAACCUGUCGCCCUGGGGAUUCGUGAUGAUGAGCGAGGACGAGCGUCGUGAGCUGCAGCAGCAGCCAGAAGCAGCAGAGCCAACCAACAAGGAGGCCGAGUGCACCGAGGCAGAAGCAGAACAACAGGUGGCGGAGGAGCAACAACAGGCCGAGGAGGCAUUCGAGAAGGAGGAAGAGGUGAGGCUGGCCGACGAUGGGCUCGACCAGACGUGGACCUUCACCACCGACUCGCUCUCCUUCAACUCGGUGCCAUUCCUGGAGAGCACCGAACGUGCGCCGCAGCCGGUGAGCGCGCCCCAGCGCAGCACGAGCCCGUGGUCGCUCAUCGAACGACCGACACCGGCAACGACCUCUGCCGACGGCGCCCACCAGGACCAGAGCGACAACGCAACAGCGGCGGCCGCUACAACAGCCGAAGACGCGGAGGUGAGCGGCGGCGGCAGCGAGCCGUGGGUGACGAUCGACAAGCAGCCUGUACAGUCGCAGCAGCCGAGCCCGCGCACCGCCCACGCCUCCGCGGCCGAGGUCGACAAGUACAUCGAGGAGGAGUUUGAGCUCACCAAGCUCUCCGCCCGCGAGCUGAAGAAUGUGGAGUCGUUGAGGGACGAGCAGGCCUACGCCAAGCUGAAGAAGGGACAGAGCUUCCUGUCGAGCGCCAAGGCCAAGCUCAUCUCCCAGUGGUCGUCCACCACCAUUCCCGCCGACAGAAACAAGUGCGUGCAGGGCCUGCGAAGCGACAUCCGGAAGGGCGUGCCGGAUUCCAAGCGCGCGCAGGUGUGGCGCACGGCGGUGGGGUGCGUCGAGUUCGAGCGGGCCUAUCCCAACUACUACGCCGACGUCCUCGAACGCGUGUUCGGCAACCGUCUCCCCACCCGGUUCUACCAGGUGCCGGCCUUUGGUGGCGAGCUUCGCCCCGGCGAGCACUACCUUACAACGCACGGUCUGACCGCCGCCGCCCGCUUGCUCUGGGCUCUCACCAUGGAAUACCCCGACAUCGACUAUGUGCCUGCCAUUCCUGACUUGGUGUGCGUGCUGCUUACGUUCCUCUCGGAGGCCGACGCCUACCUUGUGACCCACCUCAUACUCGAACAGUCCCGCGCCAACCGUUGGUAUACCAUCCAAUCGCUGCUGCUGCUGCCUGGCACUCUCGCUCACAUGAACGUGCUGGGCGUGGAGGCCGAGCACUUCGCCGACGUGUGGUUCAAGCGCGUGUUUGUGGGCUCUCUCCCCUUCCUCACCGUGCUGCGCAUAUUCGAUUGUUAUUUGGCGGAGGGCAGUCACGUCCUCUACCGAGUCGGCCUCGCCAUUCUCCAAGGCUGCCGACGAGCUCUACUCCGGUGCGACACGGCAACGGGGUUCGUGGCGACGGUCGAGCAGGUGGCGCUGCAGAUGGUGGACGCUGACGGCCUGCUCAAGGCGGCCUUCGGGCUCUCCUUCCAGCAGAAGCACACCUCGGCCUUCGACGAGGCCAACAAGACCAAGCUCGCCGGCGUCAGGCAACCGCUGGUGAUGCCCAGCAUCACGGAGACGUCGGAGCUGAUGGACGAAGUGCAGUUCCAGGCCCUGUGGUCGAUCAUCCCCUCGCGCUUCUCCAUUCGCGACCCCAAGCUCCUCUUCUCCACCACCAAGCACGGGUUCAGUUUGUCGUCGCUGUUGGAAAAGUGCGACGACGUGCAUCCGGCCGUGUUGCUGAUUAGGGACAAGAACCGAAGGGUGUUCGGCGCGUUCUCGACGGAAGGGCUGCGCCUGUGUCGCCAGUUUGAGAAUUAUUACGGCACGCCGGAGGACUUCCUCUUCAACCUCGUGCCCGACGUGAAGGUGUGGCCCUGGUUGGCCGGCCACGCCAAGCACUUUGUGCGGAUCACGAUGAGGGGGAUCAAGUUUGGCGAUGCUAAAGGGCUGUGCGUGGACGAAGAGCUGUGGCACGGCACCAGUGAGAAGAGCAAGACAUUCGAAAACGAACCGCUGAGCGACGAUACGAUAGACUUCGACUGCCUAAGCCUCGAAGUAUGGGGCUUCAAGUAG